AUGUCAACGCCGGCGUAUCGUGUGGCUAGUCUUCUGCGGCAGGGGAAUAGCAGUGACUUUGAUGGUGAGAAGAGUACUUUAGCGAAACUAACACGUGAUGUGGAGACCUUCUUAAGUCACGCCAGUAAUGUUCCCCCGGUAGUGUUAGAAACCCCAAAUGGGGGCGACAACAAUGAUGCCAAAUCAACUAUAGAAGAACCUGCAGCGAUGGAAGUUCACCUUAAUGUGGUUGCCGGUGUAUUGGAGCCUCGAGAACCCACAAGUGAUGUCUCCAGAGUCGAUGGUUUAUUGCUGCCAACCACAACCAAUCACGAAACACUUGAUCGACAACAUGUGCGGGAGGCACAGGCAUUGUUAAAUCUCAUGGGAGCACUUUCUCCCACCACCGUCAUGGGCAAUUUAUCUCAAGUAGCCUCAACAACAACAACAACAACGGCUAGUUGGCAGGGUGAAAUGAAUGUUACAGGGACUGAUGAAGAUACCGACUCGGUUGCUGUUUACGAUGCGGAAGACUUGAACGAUGACACAAGUACUUCAUACAGUGAUGAAAGUAGAACAAAUGAUCAGGGUUCUACACGUAUUGUGGAGUUAAACUAA